AUGUGCCGGUACGUGCAGGGCAAGUUCAGAGAGCUCUAUCGAGCAUCUAUCGGGGCUGAUUUCCUGACCAAGGAGCUGCUGGUCGACGACACCAUUGUCUACCUUCAAGUGUGGGACACUGCGGGGCAGGAUCGCUUCGAAACGCUGGGGCGAGUGUUCUAUCGGGGCACCGACGUGUGCAUCCUGGUGUACGACAUCACCAACCCGCGCUCCCUCGAGCGGCUGGAACAGUGGAAGCGCGUCUACGAGGAGAGCAUGCCCACGCAGGCCGACGUCGACCACACGGUCUUCGGCGUCUUUGCCAACAAGACAGACUUGGAGGAGCAGAGGAAGGUGUCGCAUGCCAAGGCCGAGGCGUGGUGCAGGGAGAACGGCGACAUGCCCCACUUCUCGGUCAGCGCCAAGGACGGCGAGAACGUCGAGCAGGCCUUCCACGCCCUCGCCAAGAAGGCCAAGCGAAAGCUCGACAUCUGGAAUCAACAACAGCUCGCCGAGGACAGGAUACACCUGCGCGAUGUGCACAUGGAGAAGGACGGCGAGCAGCCUUGCCAGUUGUCGUGUUAG